CACUGUGGUCCGUGAGAACUUCCUGGACGCUCCGAGAACUCCUCAAGGUCUCAACACUCACAUCUGUGUUUGUCUUUCCUUCUUUCUUCUGGUGCUCUCUCCCAAACACUGUCGGGGGACCUUUCUCCUGCCGGGACUCCACACCUCCUCCACUUUCCCUCCUCCUCCUUCUCCUCCUCCUCCUCCUCACUGAGCAGAAGAAACAGGAGGAACUGUCAGCCCUCACUUUGAGCUCUUUUAGUUGUCGCACCUCCUCCACUGCUCCUCUGGGUCUGCAGCAUCUAGUGUGCAGAUCCUGAGGGUUCACUCCGCGUCUCGGUUUUUGGACUUGCAGGAGGAGCGAGGUCAUGCCAGGCCAGAACCUGAAACAGUCCCCGGUGCGGUUCCUGGAGCAGCUGCUUCCUCUGUAGCUGGAUCUACUUUUUAAGGAGGAGGAAAAAUAAUCAGAAGAAGAGUGAGAAGAAGAAUCCUCUCCCCCACAGUCAGUGUUCAACUCCAAACUUAGAUGUUCGAUCAGACCACGACUAUGGGCGAUGGGAGCCACCGCUGUGGACCCAAAAACCCGCUGUGCCCGGACCGCAUGGACAGCAAGGGCCGCACCGAGAUCGGGAGCAGAUCUCCGGUCCAGAGCUCCAACGACACUCCGGGGACAUCCGCGUCCACGCCGACCUCCUCCAGCGAAGACGGACACGACAAACUUCUGGGAGUGGACCCGGACUACUGUCGGAGGAUUUUAGUGAGAGACGCCAAAGGCACCAUCCGGGAGAUCGUCCUGCCCAAAGGCCUGGACCUGGACCGGCCCAAGCGCACUCGCACCUCCUUCACAGCGGAGCAGCUGUACCGUCUGGAGCUGGAGUUCCAGCGGUGCCAGUACGUGGUGGGCCGAGAGCGAACCGAACUGGCCCGGCAGCUCAACCUAUCCGAGACCCAGGUCAAGGUUUGGUUCCAAAACCGCCGAACCAAACAGAAGAAGGACACCACCAAAGACUCGGACAAACGCUCCUCAUCCACAUCCGAGUCUCUGGCCACAUGCAACAUCCUGCGUCUGUUGGAGCAGGGCCGUCUCCUGGCGGGCCCUGUCCCGCCCCCAAACCCUCUCUUGGGGCCCCCUCACCCGGUGAAUGGCUCCCUGCUGGGCAGCCCAGGCGCUGGUUCUGCCACUUCGCCUGGAAUCAGCAGCGGCACGCCUCCAAGUUCUCUACCAGGGGGGACCUUUGGGCUGUCGCUGCCGUCCCUGGGGGGGACCCCGCCCUCUCCACGGCUCGGUGUCCCUCCUCCACACUCCCUCUGCUUUUCCAUGCCUCUGCUAGGGGGCGCUCAUCAUGAACUCACGUCUUCUUACGGCUGCGGCUCCUCAGCUUUUGAGCCUUACAUGCGGUUGGACAGAAAGGAAGCAGAUCUGGGCGGGAAGAAGACAGUUUCUUAAAGAGAAUGCUCCCAUUUAGAGGACACCAGGGGACCAGGACUCUUCUUUGUCGUCUGUUUUUCCCACAGUCUGCCCUGCAGGCUGCCUGUUUGACACUCACGUGGCUGCAGAGAGAGGCUUUGCCCUGGAUAGUUGCUUUGCUUGCUGCAGCAUUUUGUGACCAACCUCUGGCACAAAAUGUAAAAAAUAAAAAAUAAAAAAAACAGAAAAACAACGGACACGAAUGUGACCAAGACUCCUCCAUCUGAAAAAAAGUCAAACUGAAGUAAAAACUUCAAUUUUGAAAAACAAAAAAAACCCACUUUUUUCUCUCAGU